AUGGGAUGCGGGGAAAUUGGAAGGAUGUUUGCUCCGGAAAUGGCUGCGCGCAUUUUAGCUACUCCACUGUCAAGUAGGCAGCAUGCUGACACUAUGUACUGGCAGGGUGAUAAGAGGGGCAUUUAUACAGUUAAGUCGGGGUAUUGGCUUGCUAAAUUGGGCAAUGGGGAUCAGCCGCAGCAGGUACAUGAUGAUACUAUAUGGCAAUCAAUUUGGCGCAUUUGUGGUCCUCCGAAAUUACAACACUUUAUUUGGAGUGUUAUGAAGGGGAAUUUGGCUGUGAUGGAUAGAUUGGUUUUUAGGCAUAUUACUCAAGACUCGUCUUGUCAAAUAUGCGGUGCGGAGAAAGAGACAAUCAUACACUAUUUGCUCGAGUGCAAUGCUGCAAAAGAAAUAUGGUCGCACUGUAAACAUAUUGGCAGCUUGGUUGAUGCUCCAACCUCCUCCUUUGUUGAUCUUUGGGCUUGGUUGAAUUGUAAAUUUAGUGGUGAUGUUGUGAGACAAAUGAUUACUCUUAUGUGGGUGGCAUGGAGGUGUAGGAACCUUGUUGUCUUCGAAGGUGAGUGCUCACACCCUGUGGUGAUUGCUGCGGGUUUUCUUCGUAUGGUUAUGGAGUAUAACUCCUAUGCUCAACGAGUUUUCAAGCCUUGUGUGAUGCCUGCUCAAGGUCUGAGUGCAACGAGAUGGACCUCUCCUCCAAUUGGAUAUAUUAAAAUUAAUACUGAUGCUCAUAUGCCUAACAUGGCAAUGGCGAGUUUGGGGGUGGUAUGGAGGGAUGCUUAG